AUGCAGGCUGUGUUUAUGGUUCUCCUGCUGGCCGGAGUGGGUCUGAUCCACGGCAGCCCUCUGCCUCAGGAACCGCUCCUCCAAACCCAGGAGAACUUCGACCUGGACCGGUUCUUGGGGAAGUGGUAUGACAUCGCUUCGGCCUCCAACUGCCCCUGGAGGUUGAAAUACAAAGGAAAUUCUCCGAUCGGAUCUCUGGAGCUGCAACUUAGUGACUCUCCAGACUCACUGAACAUGACCCGCAUCUUGUCCAGGCAUGGUGAGUGUAAGCUGAUCACCGGUAACUACAUAAAGACUGAAACUCCGGGAAGAUUCUACUACCACAGUGUCAAGUGGUCAGCUGAUGUGGAUGCCUACGUGGUGCACACGAACUACGAUGAGUAUGCGCUGGUGGUGAUGUUCAGACAGCAGCGUGGAGGAAACAAGACCACAGCGGUCAAACUGUACGGUCGUAAGAAGGAACUGCGGCCCACACUGUUGGAAGACUUUAAGACCCUGGUGGCUGAGCAGGGAAUGAGUGCAGAUACCAUCUCAAUUAAAGAGGACAAAGGAGAUUGUGCUCCAGGUGAAAAAACAGCUCUUGAGCCUGAGGUCCAGCCGAAGAUUAGACGAUCGGUGGUGCUGCCUCCACUUGAUGAAGGUUCUGCAGACGACACAACCAUCUUUAAAGGAGAAGAGUCCUGUACGGGUGCCCCAGACCCUGGUCCGUGUUUCGGGAUGUUCCAACGUUACUACUACAACUCCUCCAUCAUGACGUGUCAGGAGUUUACGUACGGAGGCUGUAUGGGCAACCCGAACAACUUCGCCACUGAGAAGGAAUGUCUACAGACCUGCCGCACUGAGGCUGCCUGUCGGAUCCCGAUAGACGCCGGUUCGUGUAAAACGUUGUUGCAGUUCUGGGCUUUCAACUCCACCGACGGGAAGUGUGUGUCCUUUAAUUACGGAGGGUGUGAGGGCAACGGCAACCGCUUCUACACACAGAAAGAGUGUGAGGAGUACUGCGGCGUCAGCAGAGACGAUGAAGAGGAGUUCCUCAAAGUGAACUAAAAACCAAACACAAGCUGAGCUUCUUCCUGUUUCCUGUAGAAAUAAUAAUCAAUACACAAUAAACAUCGAGUAUCA